AUGAGCCUCCUGCGUCAGCACAAGCAAGAUGGACUGGGACGCACAGGUCAAAGUCGCUGCCACCUUCGCUGCCUGUGGCCAGUCCCCGCGUGCCCGCUCGUCAGUGCCAUAAAUACCAGCGCCUUCUUCGCCAGGUGGGAGAAGGGGGACAUAGGCCUAUUGCAGUACCUGCUAGAGCAGUGAUAUGUGGAUGUGAAUGUAUGUGACCAGUGGGAUACCACCCCCUUGUGAGUCUGCUGCUUCAGUGGAGCUGAGGAGCUGGUACUCUACCUUCUGGCCAUUGGUGCCCACUGCAAGGCCAACACCUUCCAGAAUGAACGCUGCUUCUAUGGGGCUGUAAGUGAUACCAUCUACUGGGCCCUGCAUAAUUAGAAGCAAGUGACAACCUCCUGCAGGAAGUGGGACUAGGACUACUGUGACUACUUCCUACAAUAGAGAUUGGAGUGGUGAGACUAAGGAGAGGCGUUCUUCAUGGUGCACAGAAAGCCCUCCCAGGCCCAUCACUGCAUCAUGGGUGCAUACAGUGCCUACUUCACCAACAUACUGGACACCAAAUGGAAGGGCAAGAGCAUCAUGGACCUCAGGCACCCACUGAUCAACCCUGUGGUCUUUGGGGCCCUGCUGCAGUACCUAUACACAGGCCACCUGGACGUCAGUGUAGAACAUAGUGGCUGUGAGCACUUGGCUAAGCAGUGCCAACUAUUGGACAAUGACCUGGAGGCCAAGUGCAAGGUAGUGUCUGAGUUCAUGGCAUCUAUGCCAGGCACUUACAAGUAUGUGAAGGUUCUGAGCAUUAGGCUCCCCCACCAGAGGACUCCUGCCCUGGCCCUUGCCUUCCCUAAGCCUAGCCUUCCCCAAACCUUCUUUUCUGGCCAUAGUGACUACUUCCAAGCCCUGUUGGAUGACCAUUUUGGAGAAAAUGAGGGGCUGAAGGCCAUUGGUGACCUUCCAGCCAUCACCCUAAUCUGGCCCUGCAUCUUCACCCAUGUGUUCUAUCUACUACACAUAUAUUUGCUGCAGACUCCUGGGGUUCUCUAUCUCCUGUCUUCUGUUUUCUCACUGCCUCCCUGUAUCUUCACCUGCUCCAAGGCCUCCCUAAAACAAGCUUCCCCCACCCCACUGCAAAAUGUGGCUUAUGAUGUGCUGAGGAUGGCUAACAUAUAGCUGUUGCUGGGUCUGAAACUGUGUGACUGCAGUCUGGCCCAGCUGCUGGAUGAGGACACCAUGGUUGGCUGUGUAGGUGUGUGGCCUGUGGCCAAGCUAUUCUGCCUCAUAGGCCUUGAGGACCAAUGCAGUGAGUACAUGGCCAAGGUUAUCAAGAAGCUGUUGGAGGGGGAGGAGUUUUCAAAGGCUGUGAAGGAGGAUGUGGUGGCUCUGGUGGGGCAGAAGCUGGGAUCUAUCCUGCUGAUAGAUGAUAUCUGCUUCUACAUGGCCAGCAUUGUGUAGAUCUACAGCAACAUUGAGAUGAUGCAGCAGCAGCUACAUGCUCUUGAGGACCUGUUGGUGUCUAUUGGCCUCGACUGCUGA